AUGUGUGCGGUGUCGUCGUCGCGGGCUGUCGUGCGUGCUGAGCCGAAGCCUUCAGUCCCUACUAGAAGACAUGAAGACGAUGUCAAGAAUAUCCACGACACACUGAGCACCAUUUGCCAACACUUGGAGCUGGACAAUCCCAAGCCACUGACUUGUACGAAUGCUACAGGAAAUGCAGUCAACGAGAAUGGUACAGCGGCAGAGCCGCACGGUCAUGAAGACAGCAACAAGGAAGACGAUUGCGAGGUCUCACCUCCUCAAUCGCCCAGCGCCGUGCAAGCCCCGAUUGAUACUUUCCUGGACAUUGCAAAGCUCGGCAGCCCUCGAUCCGGCGAACAUCAUCAUCACCACAAGCGCGACGCGAGGGAAGACCUCGUGAGCAAGGGCAUUAUCACCAUGGAGGUGGCGGAGCGUCUCGUAGCGAACUACUUCUCCCGGCUGGAUCACUAUCUCUACGGCAUUGGAGGACCCCCGCAAGAUGCCUCGAAGCUCCGUACCACCUCGCCUGUCCUCUUCGCCGCCAUCUGCGCGGUCUCGGCCCUUCAUGAUCCACAGGACCAUAGGACAUAUGUGGCAUGCAACAGGGAGUUUCGAUCUCUCGUAUCCCGGUCGUUAUUUGAGAAGAAGGAUAUAGAGUAUAUCAGGGCGCUCUGCAUCGGCUCUUUCUGGCUCACGGAUGCAUCACGCAUCUUCUCGAGCGAUGCAAUUCGGCGCGCAGGGGAUAUGCGAUUACAUCGCAGUUUUGAGCACUUGCUAGGCCUGCGAAGCAUUACUUCAGUACCGUCACCGUCAUCCGCAGCUGCUCCAUCAGAACUCUCGGACCGCGUCCGACUCUGGUACCUACUCUUUGUAUGCGACCAGCACCUAUCCAUUCUCCAUAACCGCGACCCGCUUCUCCGGGGAGACAACCAAAUCGCCGUCAGCUGGGAGUCGUAUCUGCACCGCGCAGAAGCCACCGAAUCGGACGUCCGCAUUCUAUCCCAAGUGUCUCUACUAUUGAUCAUGGGACAAGUCCGCGACGUUCUAGGAUCCGACACCGAAACCCAGCUCCCCCAGGCGCUCUCCAGCCAGAUCCUCGGCUUCUCCCGCCAGCUAGACAGGUGGUUCAGCAAGUUCUCCUCGCUGUUCGUAACAAACGCCCACAUCGGCGACUUCCCGACGCGAGGCCUCCAGCUCCACUAUCAGUUCGGUAAACUGUACCUGGGCCACCAGGUGUUCAAGGGCCUCCACGGCAAACCCAUCCCCACGCAUCUCCUCCGCGCAGCGGGCAUGGCGCACGAAGCCGCCACCGCAACGUUUGAGAUGAUCCUCAACGAACCGGAGCUGCAACAGGGCCUUGUGGGCAUGCCACACUACUUCCACAUCAUGAUUGCGUUUGCAGGGCACUUCCUGCUGGAGGUCUGUAGGAACUACCGCGAGCAGUUAGCGUUUAGGCUAGAAGAGGAGUUCUCCCUAAUCAACCGGGUCCUGACCCUGUUCCGGAACACGCCCUGCAUCCCCCAGCAUCCCCUCAGCCGGAUGACCGGCGGGCUGACUCGUAAGAUGCUGGACUGCGCAGCGGAUCUCGGCGUGCAGCAUGUCAUUGGGAAACAGCCGGAUGCACAGUUUCCGUUCACGUACGGCGUGCCACCGGCGGAUGCCUCGGUUCCGGGCAUGCAGUUGCUCGGGCAGACGCCGUUGCAGGUUGUCGGGGAUGUGUCGGUUCAGCCUCCGGAGGAGUUGUUUCUUCCAGAUCUCGGGGAGUUUGCCUUUCCUGAUCUGACGUCCAAUUUUGCAGCGUGA